AUGAUUGGUAUUGUAAUUUUAAGUCUAAUACUCUUUUUAUUUAAAGAAUUAGUUAAAAAAUUAAACGGAUGUGAUGUUUCAAUAAAAUAUUAUAACGAACCAAUAUCAGAUGAUUAUAUAGCAAAUGUAAAUGGCAAUUGUUCUCAAAAAAUCUGUUUCUUGGCCAUUUCAAAUAAAAAUAUUUCCGAUAUAAGUGCUUAUGGAAUUCCUUUUACUUUAUUACAUGAUCCAUUUUUUGGACCAAUUUCUUAUGUUGAACUUUCAGUUUUUUCAAAUACAUCCUCGCCAUCAACUAUAAUUACAAUUGCAAUUACAGAAAAUGAUGGAGCAAUAACUCAUUUUUUUAAAACAACCUAUUGUUUGCUUCAAGAGACAACAAAUUUCCAAUUAGUUUUUAAAAAUUCACCAUUUUUUUUAAAUGAACCAAUGUCAAUAGAUUCAGAAUUUGGUACUAAUAGUGGAGGUCCAAAAAUGGUUGUACAGUUCAUUGGUAAUACACCUUCGGUUUUUAAAAAAUUUUCAAGUAAUUCAUUAUUCAACUCAACAGUUAAACUUUUAGGAAAUAAAGCAACAAGUAGACUCUAUGAAGUAACAAUGUUUCCCAUAUCAAUGCCAAGUAUUAAUUUUGAAAAUCAUAAUCUUACUUAUAAAUAUAAUAGUGGUAGUGGAGAAUUACAAACAACUUCAUCAUUUACACCAAUAUAUUUUACUGAAUCUCACUAUAAUACAUUUUUUCCUGCAAUAAAUUCAAAAAAUAAUAUAAUAUAUCAAGUUGAUUUUCAAUUCACAACUGAUAUCUAUCCAUAUGGUUCAAUGGUUUGUACUAAUUGUUAUAUUUUCCUAGUUGCAAAUAAUGGAUCCAGGGUGCAAUUUCUUAUUUAUUUUAAUAAAAUUGGUUCUUACAAUUCUACUGGUACAUUUUCUAAUGAUGCACUCCAUAACAAUAUGUAUUUUACAAAAACUAUUACAAUUAAACCUGAUAAUUUUUCAAAUGGUACAGAGAUGACAUUGGUCUUCCAAGAUACUGCAUUUGGUACAACACCAAUGGGGUUUUCAGCAAUUUUAACUGGUGUUCCAGUAUUACCAAAUACACCAGUAACAAUAUAUUAUCCAAGUGGCCUUAAAAGACAAUUAUGGUUUAAUCAACCUCCAUUCGGGUUAAUAGAUGGUUUUAUGGUGGGUUUGGUCAAUAAAUUCAAUGUCAUGUUUACUAUUAAACUAUCAAAGUAUAUGAGUGGUACAUUAAGAUAUAGUUUUAAUUCAAACAAUCAAAAAUCACCAAUAGAAAUACCAUUGCCAACUCAAAUUGAUCCACAGUUAAUUGAUACAGAAUCACCAAUAGUAACAUCAGCUAUUGUAGUAGGCGAUAUUGGUAAAAUGAAAUUAGUUAUUCAAAUGGCAAUUACAGAUGAUAUUUCAGGUUUUUCAGCUUUUGUAUGUUUAGAUACAAAUGAAAUCAUUUUCGAUUAUAAAAAUUUAAUGCUUGGAGGUACAAUUAAUAAUGGUGUCUAUAGCUUUAUCUAUGAUUAUGGUUUCACACCAGUUUGUAAAAAUUCAGCAUUUUUAGAUUUCGCAGGUAAUGCACAAGUUCAAAAUCAACCAUUCACUGAUUUUAUUAGAUCAUUUAUAAAUGCUACUACCAAUAUUAAAUAUUUAAUGAUGAAUACACCAAGUUAUCAAGCAAAAACAUUAUCAGAUUUUCAAGAAUUUUAUUUUGCAUUUAAUAAUAUCAGUUUAACAAAUCAAGGUUUUUAUAAUACAUUAUAUUUCAAAUUCAAAGAUAAUAAUAAUGAUCCAGAUUAUUGUAUUAAAUUUAGAUUAGCAAUUUCAGGUGGAUAUCCAAAUCCAAUAGAUUAUUACUCAAUAUGGGAUAAUAAUUUACAAAUGUAUAAAGUUGAAUUUUAUAUUCCACCAAAUCUAUCAAAAAUUAAUAUACUUUAUUAUAUUUAUUUAGGACUUGAUUAUGAAACUCAAUAUUCAACAUCACAUUUCCAAUCAUGGGUCAGUUCAAACAAUGCAACAUUAUCAGUAUACUCAAAUAUUGGUGAUAUGAUGCCACCUUUGGUUCGUUCAUUACUAAUUAGCCCAUCAACUGUGGAUUCAGAUAGCUUUUUAAAUUAUUAUUUAAUCAUUGAAGAUGUAUACAAUGGAUUUGGUUAUGGAGAAAUUACAAUUAUGGGUUCAGUGGAUUUUAUACAAUGGAAUUUUACAUUUUCAUCUGGUGAAAAUAAAAAUCCAUUGGUUGAUGUUUAUAAUUUUUCAAUAUAUAUUCCAAAGUGUAUAUCCCAAUCCUACAAUAUCUAUCAUUUGAAAUUAGUAGAUAAAGCAGGAGUAUUCUCAGAGUAUACAUUUGGUAAAUCACAGCCUUUCCCAAUCAUCGAUCCUUUGGUUAAAAUAGUUGUUAAUGAAUACAAAUUCAAUUGCUCAGUUAAUCUUUAUUCAAACUCUUUACCAGUUUUGAAAGAUUUUACAUUUGAACCAUUAUCAAUAGAUGUAGGUGGCCCAGAUUCAUCAAGAACUGUUAUAUUUAAAAUGGUGGUGGAUGGUGCAGCCAAAGCAGGUUCAAAACCCACCAUUUAUUUAGGUGAUACUUAUAUAAACUAUGUAACAGUACCAGUUUUAUCAGAUGGUGUAUUUGAUCCAAUUGCAAAUAUCACAACAUUUACAGUUUCAACAAUUAUUCCAUAUGGUUUUGGUUAUCCAGAAGGUAUUUUAUUAAAUGUAUUUGGAAUUCAAACUACAUAUUCCACAUUUCAAGGUUAUUCUUCACUGGAUUUACGAGAUGCUAAUUUCACAUAUACACUUUUAACUCCAACAUUCUCUUCUUAUCCAAAAAUGACUUCAUAUUUACCAAUUUCAGCCAAUGGAGGAGAGUUAACUAUUUUUGGAAGAGAAUUAUCAACAAUAGCAAAUUCAUUUUAUAGAAUUAUAUAUUCGGUAAAUAGUAGUAAUUCUACACCAGUGGCUUCAAAUAUUAAUGUAAAAUACAUUUCUAAUGUUGCAAUUAAAUUAAAUGUUUCUUCAACAACUGGUCCAUUCACGAUUGAAUAUACAACCUCAUCAAAAACCAUUGAUACAAUCACUAUAUAUCCAUAUCAUGAUUAUUGGAAUCCAAACCCAGUAACACCAACACCAACCGAAACACCAACAGUACCACCUACUAUAGCACCAACUGAAACACCAACAGUACCACCAACAAAUCCACCACAAAAAUGUGGUGGUAAUCCACAAUGUGGUGGUGAGUCAAAAGGUAAUUGUGUGAAUGGAGUAGGUUGUGUUUGUAUUUCACCAUGGAUUGGAAGUGAAUGUCAAUCAAGAAUUAUUACUAUCCCACCACCAGUCAUAGAUCCAACAAAUCCAAAUCAAAAUUUAACAUUAAAUUCAACAGGUACAAACGAAUUCACAUUGGUCAGUUUAGUAUCAUUAGUAUCAUUAAGAGAAUUAAAUUUUAAAAAUGAAUUAGUUAGAUCAUUCCGUUUCGAUAAAUGGAAAUUAAUAUCAAACACUACAACCGAUAGUAAUUAUAUAACAGAUGUAAUAGACCCAAAAAAUAAUAAUACAAUUUGUUCAGUUAAUGUUUCAACUACUUGGUAUCAAACAAAAACAGAUAUCGAAUUUGCAGGUCAAAAAUUAACAAUGAAUCCAAGUACAUUAAAAUAUAAUAUCAAUAUUACAUCAUUCCCAUUCACAUAUGGAUUGAAUACACUUCAAUUAGUAAUGUCAGCAACAGCACAAUCAACAUCACAACAAGAUGAUCAAUGUUCAUCCAAUGAAUUUGGUGAUACUACAUCAAAUGAUAAUUCAAAUUAUCUUCAACUAUCAGUCAAUCAACAUUCACUCUAUGGUAGAUUUAUUAAAAGAGGUAUUGUAGAUAACAAUAUCAAAUCAAUUGGUAAUGAAAUUUUAAAAGAUCUCUCAAGUGAAAACUCUUAUUACAUUUCACAAUCAUAUAUUGGUAUAAAUAUUCCAUUUUACAAAGAAUCUGUUCAAUUAGAUCCAGAUUUCUCAGUUUUAUUAGAUCAAAGAUCAGCAUCAUCAAUUUGUAAUAAUAAAGGAAAUAAAUUAUCAAAAGGUGCUAUCAUUGGUAUAUCAAUUGGGUGUGCUGCCUUCACUAUCAUUGUUGUAACUUUAGUUGCAAUACUUUUAAAGAAUAAAUAUUUCUUUAAAAGUGUUCAAUUAAAAGUGAUUAAAAUGGUGGCAAAAUAA